AUCAACAUUAAUGAACAAUAAAGAUUUUGAGACAAAUUUGAAAUCUUCUUUAAUUAUUUAAAGAAGAUUAAAGAAGAUUUAAUUAAAGAAGAAUGGCCAACCCUGAUGUUUGUUGAUGUUUUCAAUCUCCUGAUCUUUUGGAUUUACUGCGGAUUCUCAAAAAGUGUCUGUCAAUACCUUUAUACCUCCAACUCCCAGAAUAGUCAGAAAUUGCGGAAAUAUAUAUAUGGAUUAAAUUCCAUGAUAUGUGGUUAAGAUUGUCUUCCUUUGAUGCAAGAAAUAUGCAACUACUUGGUUCCUCUCCUUCACCCACUAAAACCAGGCAAAGUGCACACUCCUUUAAACCACAGCUUUAAAUCUUACCACAAGAUGUUCGUUCAAAUAAGUAAUUUUUUAAAGUCUAUGCAAUAUUUAUUUCAUGCUUGUUUGCUCACUUAAGGCAAAUUUAUGUAUAUGUGUUUUUGAUAAUUUCUGACUCAUGUAGAACAAGUAUUGCAAUGAACAUGAAUGACUAAAGUGACAAAAUUGCUUAAGGAAGGACAACUAAGCUUCAUCUUAUCUUACAGUUUUCAAGAACUUAAAAAAUAUUUAUCAUAAAUGGAAAGCGUUGUUUGGCCAUAGACCAACAUGAUGUUUCUAAAGAAACAGCUUUCAAAAGACACCGCGAGAGAACUGGCUAAUAUAUCUGGCAUGCCCUCGACUUCUCAAAUAUAAAGUAAACCAGAAUGGUUGCCAAACCAGGUACAAGAUUAUUGAGCGAGUUAUAGUGGAUGCUGAAAAAUAAAACAAACUAAGAAGACAGUACCAUUUUAAUUCGUUAUAUGAGAGGAGACAACCGUUGUAUUUUGAACUUAUUACUAUUUCGUCACCACAAAGUUGAUCUCAAAGAAAAGGAAAUGUUAUAAAGAAGAACUGUUGGCCAAAUUGUUAACUUUAACCGCUAAGAAUUUUUGGCGAUGUAGACGUAUGAUUCUAAGGCUCAUGAUGGGAAUGUUUGAAGCGCAUCUGAAAAGUUUCUUCGUUCAUUCCAACGACUCAAAACAUAUCAAAACAUUUAAGCUUGAAAUAAUGACGAACAUCGCUUCGGAAAGUAAUAUAACGUUGCUAUUGCGGGAAUUUCAGAAUUACAUCAACAAUUCGGACAAAGAGUUCGUUGCGUCGACGAUACAAGCCAUUGGCCGUUGUGCAUCGAACAUUCCCGAAGUUACAGAUACCUGUUUAACCGGUCUAGUUAGACUGCUAUCCAAUAGGAAUGAAACGGUGGUGGCUGAAAGCGUUGUAAUGAUAAAAAAAUUAUUACAAUUAAAGCAUAAAGAUAAAUCUCAAAUAAUCAUACAAAUGACGAAAAUACUGAAUAAAAUUACGGUUCCCAUGGCUCGUGCCAGUAUCAUUUGGCUCGUCGGUAAAUAUGCGGAACGUGUUCCAAAAGUUGCCCCGGAUGUACUGCGAAUAGCCGCGAAGUCAUUCACAAAGGAGGAGGAUAUUGUGAAAUUACAAAUCAUCAAUCUUGGUGCGAAAUUAAUUCUAAUCAAUCCAAACCAGACUCAGCAGUUGUGUCAAUAUGUAUUAAAUCUCGCCAAAUAUGACCAGAGCUACGAUAUAAGGGAUCGAGCGCGAUUUUUACGUCCCAUUGUGUUUCCCGGAGAGAAGGUGGGACAGAUUGUUAAACACUCCAAGAAGAUAUUGCUGGCUUCCAAACCACCUCCCGUGUUAGAGUCAUCUUUCAAAGGUCAUGGUGAGUUCAUCGUCGGCUCUCUCUCUCAUCUCAUAAACGCACGAGCGUCUGGCUAUCAAGAACUUCCCGAAUACCCCGAGGUCCCUCCCGAUCCCUCUGUUAGAAACGUCGAGGUCGAGCCGUUGUGGGAGAAAUCUAAAUCGAAGUCAAGAUCAAAGAAAAAGUCUACAUUUUACUCGAGUGAAUCUGAAUCAGGCUCCGGUUCAAGUGGAAGCAGCGGAAGUGAAAGUGAGAGCGAUGAAGGCAGCGAGAGCGUCAGUAAAUCUAGCAUGGAGUCUUUACCUGGAUCGGAAACAGAAAGCCAAGAGAGCGACGUCGAAGGGGAAAGGAAUGAAAGAGCAAAGAGUCGAAAAAAAUCAGAAAGUCAGAGCAGCAUCGAGUCGAAAACGAGUGAAGAGUCUUCGGAUAGCGACGCCGAGUCCUCGGAAAGCGAUUCGUCACAGGAGAGUGACGAUGCUAAACAAGAAACGCCAGCGAAAAAAGUCGAAACGAAGAAAUCCGAUGAUGCUCCGAAGAAUAAACGAGUUUCUAAGCCACCAACAACUGAUCAAUUGCUUUCGUUUGAUGAAGAUAUUCCUGUGGCUCCUGUUGUAAAUGGUCCUGCACAUAAGAACAUUCUUUCUCCCUCGCUGGUGGACGAUAUGAAAACACUUUCCCUUGGGGUCGUACAGAAUGGAGUUGCUGCGGUUGUGCAAAAGGUCGUAACGGACUUCUCUCAAUUGAGGACUUAUGAACUGCUCAAUAAGGUGGCUGGUCGUGGAUUGCAGGCUCAAUACAAGUUCCCCCGGAGUCCGUGUCUGUAUUCGACUACGAUGGUCGCCGUUGAAAUAACUUUUACUAACAGCGGCAGUUCAUGUGUUGAAAACAUUCACGUUGGCGAGAAGAAAGUGGGACUCGGCUUGAAAAUAGCCGAUUUUCCUAAGAUUGAAUCGAUCGGUAUUGGUUCUACAGUCACCGUGAGCAUGGGGAUAGAUUUUAAGGAUACUAUACAACCAGUUAGUUUUGAGAUAUGCACGAAGUCCGAUAAGUUUACUGUCAAGUUGAAAUGCCCGAUGGGAGAACAGCUUCACGCGAGGCCGAUAACUGAAAAUGACUUUCUUACUUUGCAAAAGAAGUUGUCGGGUAUGAAUGAAAGCUCUCUGACUGUGGAUAUCCCGCAGGAGAACUGCGAGGAACGCGUGCUCGCGUCGAAAAUCCUGGGUUGUGCGAGUGUAGCGGCAUUACCCAGAAAUAGCAGCUUAAAUUAUUAUAGGUUUUCUGGGUCGGCUACUUCAUCCGGGGUCCCCGUAUUGAUAACUGUCGAACUUAAGGAGUAUGGAAAGAGAGUAGGAUUACGGUGA